UCGGGAUAGGCCGGAGGAGGAGGAGGCUAGUGCCGCCGCCGCCACGGCCGCCGUGCCCUUCAGUCCGUCGCCAGCUUGGCGCGCGGCUCGCCAGGUUCUAGGCGGCUUGCCAGGGGAACCGCUCGCUUUCCCUCGCCAUGCCCGUGGGAGCCUCUCCCUCGGUCAGGUCUCGAUACAACCUAGUGGACGACAGACACGACCUGCGCAUCCCGCUGCAUAACGACGACGCCUUCCAGCAUGGCAUCGGCUUCGAGGCCAAGUAUAUUGGCAGCUUAGAUGUACCUCGGCCAAACAGCAGGGUGGAGAUUGUGACUGCUAUGAGACGCAUCCGGUAUGAAUUCAAAGCCAAAAGUAUAAAGAAGAAGAAAGUGGAUUUGUUGGUAUCUGUAGAUGGUGUGAAAGUGGUACUAAAGAAGAAGAAGAAGAAGAAAGAGUGGGAUUGGGAUGACAGCAAGCUACUGGUGAUGCAUGACCCAAUCUACAGGAUAUUUUAUGUGUCUCACGAUUCGCAGGACCUGAAGAUCUUCAGUUAUAUUGCAAGGGAUGGCUCCAGUAACACCUUCCGCUGUAAUGUUUUUAAGUCCAAGAAGAAGAGUCAAGCCAUGCGCAUUGUCAGAACAGUGGGGCAAGCAUUUGAAGUCUGCCAUAAAUUGAGCCUUCAGCAUACACAGCAGAAUGCUGAUGGCCAAGAGGACAGUCAUAGUGAAAAGAGCAGCGAGGAUUUGGAAGCAUCAGCCUCUGGUUUGACUGAACCUGAACCUGUCAACACUACUGAGGAAACAGACAUUGAUGCUGUGGACAUCAGACGACCAGGGAGUGAUCACUUGGAAUUUACCAGGGGGGUGACAGAUCUUGACGCUGUUGGUAAAAAGACGUCUGGUCUUCUUUGCAUCAAGGACUUGGUUCACAAAGAGAAUAUCCUCAUGGCUUCUCAUAAGAUUCUUCUCCCUUCUUCAACCCAGUUGCCUGAGUCAGAGGUUCCUCUCUCUGCUCAUCACCAAAUGCAGUUUCUGCAACAGCUUUUGCAGCAGCAACAACAACAGACUCAAUUUGCUGUGGCUCAGGUACAUCUGUUGAAAGACCAAUUAGUUACAGAGGCAGCUGCCCGCCUUGAAGCCCAGGCUCGUGUACACCAGCUCUUGCUUCAGAAUAAGGACCUUCUCCAGCAUAUAUCACUUCUGGUGAAGCAAGUGCAGGAACUGGAGGCAAAACUGCUGGGAUUCAACACCAUGGACUCUCAAGAUAGCUUGUUGGAAAUUACCUACCCAUCAGGUGCCCUGCCUGUUCUGUGUGACCCCACUACCCCUAUGCCUGAAGACACCCACCUUCUUCAUCCUGACAACAGCUUCUCCAAUGUUUCCAGUUCUCUGGGCAGCCCUUUAGUUGACCAAAGUGUGUUUGAGAAUUCAAACACUACCCUGGCAGCAAAAUUGCCCAUUGUCAAAUCUGCCUUCCGGUCCUCCACUGGUAUAAAUCUGCGAGUGCAGCCAGAAUGGAAAACUGGCAGUCAACAUUUAAAAAACCUCAGUAUGACUGUUGGUGCAAAAGUCAGUGAUUUCCUGCGCAGGAAAGAGCCCACCAACCACAGCAUCUUUGGGGUAACAGAAGUCAAUGAGUGUGCAGAGGCAGCCCUCUCUUGUGGACAAGGCACAUUGCUGGGAGGUCAGGACCAGGCAAAUAGGCAGACACCAACAAAUGUAAUUCCACGGCUUAAUCCACCCCCAUUGAGUACCAAAAAGCGUACUCCAAGAGCUCUGAAAACCACUCAAGACCUGCUGAUUGCUUCUGAACCACAGAUGAAGACUACAGAAACCUUACUUCCUAAGGAAUUCCAGGAACUUCAGUGGCUACCCACUAAUACAGAGGCAGAUUUUAAAGAAAUUAAUUCAAUGACCCAGAGAGAAAUUGGAACCAGCAAAAGGGUAUUUGAUGUGCCUGAUCUCAUUCAUAAGGAGAAUAUGGAGCCCAAACAAAGUGCAAUUCACGGUAUAUCUUCUUCCGCUCUCCCAGAAAAUGUGACUCUUAGACUUGAUUUAAGUGCUGGUAAAAACAUUCCUGAACACCAAAGCUGUAAGACACCUUCAGAAGCAAAGAUACCAACCUUUGAAAGUGAAAGUCAUAGUCCAGACUUGUUGUCUUUUGAGUAAAACUGUCUUUUAUUUGCAACAGUGCCUCACUUUAUAGCCAAACUGGUCAACAUAGCAGUUUCUUUAUGAAAACUUCUUGAGACAGGUGUUGGAAUUGACUCUACAUUCCCUGAAAGCAGCUUUCUAUUCUCAGGAAGUGAUAGCAGGAAGCAUCUUGAGGAAAAAGUGGGUCUCUUUUUUAACAGAUUUCUUGCAUUCAGCUAGCCAUAGGAAUGCAUUCCACAUGCUAUUUCUGGUUUAGUUUCUUGUGUAGACAGCUUCAACAAAGAUAAUCUGCGUAACCUGAAUGUGAGAAUUUUUUUGUGGUGAAACUGCAACCAAAUUAGGACAUUCUUGAUAUAUUCUUCAAAUGCAUUUUUAAUAUCCAUAGGAUGAAAAUGAUGAAAAUGAAAUUGCUUUGCAUGAGCAGAACAAAAAUGUAGUAGUACUUCAUAUGAGACUCUCUAUGCUGGAUUAUGAUCACUAACAGAUGUUUCUUGUUUCAAAAUUUCAUAAGAGUCGUUAACUCAAAGUGCAAUUCAGAAUCAAAGCAUUAUUUUUGGAGAGAGGUGAGAGGAGGAGAAUACACUCUGGUCCAAAAAUUAUAUUGUGUUCUCUUUCAGUUUCCCUGGAGAAACUUAUGAAUAUAUUUCUUAAGGCAUUGUUCUGAUUGCCCUGAAUGGAGAGGUUUGGGGUUCCUGCUAUGUAAAAAAUUGCUUCAUUUAUAAAUAUUUUAAUUGCUGAGGGUGAAAAACAACAACAAAAUCUCUGUAUAGACACAUCCCUCAGAAGCAGGAAGGAACUCCAUAUGGGCCUUUCCUAACUUAGAUCAACAGUUUGGGCUGGGUUUGAAUUCUAUACAUGUGAUUAAAUUCCAUCCAAAAAUCUAGCUGGAGUUCUGUCCAUUCAGGUGCCCUGGGACCUUGUUUGCCUUUCUCAAAAAGCAUAACAAAAAAGCCUAGACCUGAUCCAAGAUGGAGAAACUCUUAUAAAGCAAUAUGAUGCUUGAGUACCUCCCUUUGCCUUCCACCCAUCUGUGUGGCAGGAAGAACAAUCUUUGCUAGUAAUGCCUUUAUUCCAGUCCAUCAUAUAAUCCUUCAGCCCUUCAUAUUUGUGUCACUUACUAUGUAGGCAUAUCACUCAAUAGUGGGCAUUUGAAACCAAAGAAAAGAGUUGAGCACUGAGCACACUAUACUGAAAUUAAUCUGUUCUUGGCUACCUGUUAACCUGGGAGAUGUCGUUCCUGCUCAGUAUUAACUUUCUGCAAAAUUGAAAUAGUGGGGGGAGAGAGAUUGUCAAUGAAUCUUUCCAAUGCAUUUUUCUAUAUGCACCUAUAACUUAAUGGCUUGAAUAUCUAUCUAAUUGUACUCCUUGAACAUGUCAGUUAAAUGGUAUCAAUCUCAUAUAGGAACAUAUCCAAAUGUGAAAAGCAACAUAAGUACUCAUAUUAUUAUUUUUAAUAUUGGAGUCAGCUUGGAAUCCAGCUAUUUUUGCAUGUUUACUUCUGUUAUUACUCUCACAGGGAUUUUUAUCAAAUUGAAACAAAUAUGCAUGGAUAUCUAAAAGUCAGUAAAUUUCCUGUGUGAUCAUCCAAAGUGAACGUUUUAAAAUUUGAGAUUUCUAUUGCAUUUCUUGAUUUCAGUAGGUUUCAAGUAUGAAAUCUAUUUCAACUGUCAGUUAUUGUCAAAUAUUCAUUUUGAUUGUAUAUUAUUUCACCAGUGCUAUACACAGUAAUUUAUUCACUAUUGGAUGGUGGUUUAUAGCAACUAACUUUCAGUUGACUCUUUGGAAACAUCUUUCUUCUUAUUUGUAGCUUCCAUGAAAUACUGUUUCCUAAUUACUACUCUAGCCAUCUUAAUGUGGUUUAGCCACAAAAGAACGUUGACUGUUUUUGUAAUCAGCUCUACAAAAGUUGUCCACUCUAUAUUUAUGAUGCAUCAUGCUGAAGAUAGAAAUGGCUUUGGGUAAACUGAGCUUCAAGUUUCAAGAUAAAUCUAAAUCAUCAGCUAUUAGUAGAGGUUUCUUGAUAGUUUCACUAAAAUGGGAAGUACUGACAGAAAGAAGGGUACUAGAAACACAUCUUGAUGUACUGCAUUUUAAUUUUCAGUGGGAUCAGACACUAAAUACACUGUAAAAGAAUCAACUACUGAAAUAUUAAUACCACUAAAUGUCAAAUAGGACAUUGGUUGCUUGAAGAAUAUAUCUUCAGCAAAAUUGUGAAGAAUUUUUGCUAUGUAUUAUGUUCUUAAAGCCAGGCAGAAAUUCAGUAAAUGAAGUUUUUUUCUAAUGCUGCUAGUUUAUCGGAGAAAUUGUACUUCUUGAAUCAUUACUAUAAAGCACAUAGCCUUUGUUGAAAGGGCGAGGAGCCAAUUCUUAUACAGAAACUAAAAUCACCUGAAAACAAAGAGUGUUCUGAGCCAUCUAUUCAUCUCCCCCUCAACUCUAAUCAGCCCCGAAAACAGGCCAUCUGUUCUCAUGGCAUAAAAUAUCCGUUUGAUGAUGAUACUUGAUUUACCUUGGGUCAAACAGGAGAUCCUGUUGAAAUGUUGUCUAGAUGUUUGAAGCCUAAUUAGUUGUGGAUGAGGAUGACCGGGCUGAGGCUUAAUUCCAGUGAGGUAAAUUGAUCUUGGUUUGUAAGUCUCUCAUUCCCAAUUUCAGAAAUGUUCUGAUUUUAAUCCUGCACCCAGCAUUGCUCUGCAAGGGAUUACCCACAAUUUUAUAGUUCCUACUCAAGGAGUGGGCAGCAAGUAAGUGCAACAGUUACAACUCCUUCUAGAAUGAAAAGUUUUACAUGAAAUAUUUAGGUCUUAAUCACCUCUCAACUGUUCAUGGAGAAAUUUUGAAAACUGAUGAGGCAACACAACAAGCGUUUCUCAUUGUCCCUUUGUAACUACUUCCAUUAGUUAUCAAUUGGCUUCUAGGUAUAAUUAAAGCUGCAAGU